GUGUGCGUUCAAAAAAAGCUAGUUUUCAACGGGAAAAAGCUGAACUAACAAAAUUUAUUGUGUUAACAAAAUACAAAUCUCAUGUGGUAAAGAUGGAUCAGCGCGAGGAUGUGCUGCGGCAGGCGCUGGAUAAAAAUGCCGCCGAAACCGAGCGGUGGCAGGCAUUUAAGGAAGACAAUGUGAACACAAUUAAAAACUUGGACAAUUUUGUCAAACAACAGACCGUGGACAUCAUGGUGCCUAUUGGUAAGAAGGCUCUUAUGGCUGGCCAGCUGGUACACACAAACGAAUUGCUUGUGGGUCACUACGAGGGAUACUUUUCAACUUGUUCGGCUCACAAGGCAAAAGAGAUAUGUGGCCAUCGCCUAGGAUUGGCCGAGAAGCACUUAAAAGAGUUGGAGACUGAGGCGGAUCUAUGGCAGAACAAGUUACAGACCCCCAUACGUGAAGGAGCUGUGCCAAAUUCUGAUGAAAUUGAAAUAGUUGAGGAUUAUGACGAGGAAUCCCACAAAAAAUGGCUGGAGGAACACAAACAGAGUGUUCGCAAUGAAAAGAAAGAGGAGCGCCUUAAACGCGAGGCUUUAGAUGCCAAAGAUGACGAGUUUUUGAAAAAACUGGAGGAACGAGAAAUGCUGGAAGAACUUGGUCUAGAUCCGGACAAUUUAAAUGAAGAUGCGCUCCGAAAUAUAUUGAGUAGCGAAAGUGAAACCAAACCUACACCUGCAUCCGCCCCUCAGACAAUAUCAGACGAAAGAGAAGCAGAAAUGUGGGCCAGACUGGAGGCACAGGAACGUGAGGAAAUCUCGGAAAUGGGGGACAACGAAGAGAACAGCGUUAAAAGUACCGAUGAAAUUGUGCGAAAACUAAUAUCUGGUGAAAUGGAUGUGACGAACGAAAAGAAACGCCGCGGAAAAAAAGACAAUCAUGUGGAGAACCAUAGUCCGAAAGAAGAGAGUAAUCAUGAAGCCGACCAGCCGGAGGAGCUGGACGACCUGCCCGAAGAGGUGAACACAAUAAGGGAACAGCUGGACGUGUUGCCCCGUGAAGAGCAUGAGCAGUUCCUGCGCACCCAACUGAAUCUGUUGAAGGCCAAAAUGAGAAAAAUACAAAGUGUGCACUUUAUAUGUGAUGAAUUGACCCAUUUAAUGAAUGUGGUUGUAGCCUUAGAGGACGACCUUCAAGAGUUGAUAUUCGAAAGAGAGCAGGAAAGUAGCAGUGAAGAUAAUGUAUCGGAAGGUGAAGCCAUUGCUGACGAACCCAUACCCGAACCAGCGACCAUAAAACGUCGCAUUUCCUUUGCUCCGGCUGAACAAAGACUGGAAUUUAGGAAAGAAGAUGCGGUAGCCGAUAUGAUACCCAAGAGCAAGGCCAAAGAGCAACAUCAAGCUCCUCGUGAAGUGAUAACAUUGGACAUGCCUGAGCCAACCAAGCCUGGCAAGGCCAACUCCAAUUCGCAUAUAAUACAAAAGGUGGAACAAAACAUUGAAUUAGUACAAGAGCAGCAGAGUAUUCAGGAUUUCGAUUUGGUUAAUCAAAUAUUAGAUGGAAUGACUGGACGUAUUAAUACACUGCACAUUAAUUUUACACAUUCCGAUGCAAAGCCCGCUGAGAGAGAUGUUUCUUCCACUGAUAAAGUGGAUAUACCCGGAACACCAGCAGACUUCUACCGCAUAUACGAAAGUAGUAAAGCUCGUGCGGAAAACCAAUUUCCCAUCUACGUCAAUGGCUUCGAGGGUGAAGAGGAAGUGAAGGUGGCUCUUUUAGGAGAAGCUGCUCGUGCCACAGCCUAUGAGGAUCCCAAAACUCAGAUGACCAAGUCCAUAUUACGAAACAAAACGGCUGUAGAGCGUGAACCUCACAUGACUAACCCGACAAAGACAAAGUCGAUAAUUAACCAGAACCAAAACCAGAAAAAGAAAUCGAAAAAGAAUAAAAAGAAAAAGGAAAGAACCAUCGAUGAUGAACUCCGUGAAAUGAGCGCCUACAAAAAAGUGAUGAGUGAUGAUCUGGUUGAGAAGGAGCCCGAGGGAAAAUUCGUUGAGACCCAUGCGCCCAGAAGGCGAGUCAGUCGAUUUAAGGCUCAAAGGGCAGCCUUUAAAUAGAUUGUCUAUAUCCUCCAUCCAUCAAUAUAAAAACCGAUUUUCCACUUUUUGUUAAGGAUUUUACAGAUUUGUUGAAGUUUUAGGUGUAAUCAGUUAAACUGAAACACGUCUCAAGUUAAUAAAUAUCAAAUGGUGUAUAUUUAUACAUACCUAAAAAUAGAUAAUGUAUCUGAUAA